GGCGGCGGAGGAGUGAGAAAGAGAGAGAGGGAGAGAGAGAGUGCGGCUCUUUCUCUCCAGUUCUCUCUGUGUCGCUCCUGAAAAUAUGUCGGAAGGAGUGGACCUCAUUGAUAUCUACGCCGACGAAGAGUUCAACCAGGACUCUGAGUUUAGUAAUGCUGACCAGAUGGAUCUAUAUGACGACGUGCUAGCUGCCAGCUCACAACCUUCUGAAAGUUGCACUAGCAGCUCUGAGCCACCACCUGAAAGCCGCCAAGAGCAGUCUCCCAAGCCAAACAGCAAAUCACCUGCUAUCCUGUAUACCUACAGUGGACUACGAAAUAAGAGAGCUGCAGUGUAUGUGGGCAGCUUUUCUUGGUGGACGACUGACCAGCAGCUGACUCGAAUCAUCCGCUCUGUGGGUGUUUAUGAUGUGGUGGAACUCAAGUUUGCUGAGAACAGAGCCAACGGCCAGUCCAAAGGAUAUGCGGAAGUGGUGGUUGCCUCAGAGAAUUCUGUCCACAAACUUCUGGAGCUGCUGCCAGGCAAAAUCCUCAAUGGAGAUAAGAUGGAAGUGAAGCUGGCUACCCGACAGAACCUUGCGCAGUUUGAAGCACAAGCUCGAAAAAGGGUACCUCCGAGGGCUCACUCAAGGGAUUCCUCAGAUUCGGUGGAUGGCCGAGCCACUCCAACAGAGAAUGCUGUGCCACCACCACGCAUUGAGAAGCCGCCUUCCGUUUUGCCUUUCUUUAACCGCCCUCCUUCUGCGCUUCCUCUCAUGGGGCUUCCACCUCCACCAAUACCGCCCCCUCCACCACUGUCCUCAAGCUUCGGGGUUCCACCUCCCCCACCAGGAAUCCACUACCAACACCUGAUGCCCCCUCCCCCUCGACUCCCCCCUCACCUCACUGUGCCACCUCCAGGGGCAGUCCCCCCUGCACUGCACCUCAACCCAGCCUUCUUCCCUCCACCAAAUGCAGCUAUGGGGCCUCCGCCAGAUGCCUACAAUAAGACCUCUGCACCGUACAACCACAGCAGCCGGGAUUUGGGCCCUCUGCCGCCCCCUGUCAGUGAAGCUGAAUUUGAAGAUAUCAUGAACAGGAAUAGAGCAAUUUCCAGCAGUGCCAUUUCCAAAGCUGUGUCUGGUGCCAGUGCAGGGGAUUACAGCGAUGCCAUUGAGACCUUGCUUACAGCUAUUGCCGUGAUCAAGCAGUCGCGUGUGGCGAAUGAUGAGCGAUGUAGAGUCCUUAUCUCUUCGCUCAAGGAUUGUCUUCAUGGCAUUGAAGCCAAGUCUUACAGCAUGGGCACCAGCAGCAGCAGCAGCAGCAGCAGUUCUUCCAGAAAAAGACAUCGGUCUCGGGAUAGAUCACCCAGUCGAUCCCGUGAGAGCAGUAGGAGGCACCGAGAUGUGGUCCAUAAUGAAGAUCGACAUGAGGACUAUUUCCAGGAAAGAAGCCGGGAGCAUGAGAGACACAGAGACAGGGACAGAGAAAGAGAUCGGCAUCACUGAGAGAAAAGCGUGGGAAGCAUUCAGUGUUUUUAUGGACUUGUAUCUCCUCUCCUUAAUCAAGACUCAAGGAUGGAGGCAUCUCCACCCUCUCCUUCCCACUGCCCUCUGCUCUUUCCAGACCCCUUGGAAGUAACUUUGCCUGCAGAACUCCAUCUGGCACACUGCGGCAUGGGGACCUGAGCUCUGCCUGUGUGUGCUGCUGCUUGAUGGAGAAACACUGAAUGACUUGGAGUUUUGGAGGGGUUGUCUGAGCCACUGUGAACAGGGGGCCACUUCAGUCCAUGGAUUUUGGACCCAAAGAGAAUGGUGCUUUCCACAGAGGUCUACCGCCUCUUGUCUUUCCAUGGCUUUUCUAUGAGCACCCGGGGAAAAAAACCAUCUGGUUUGUCUCCUGAAGAAGAACUGGUGCUUCAGCACAGCACAAGAUGUCUGACCAUAGUCUCACUGGAGCUUGUGUCCACAGUCCACAUUGCAUUGUCUUCUCAGGCAUCAAGGCAUCCAGUCCUCCUUAAAUCUGAUCCUUUUUUCCAACGCAGCUUCAGUCUUGCCCCUAACUCCAUUGUACACAGCUUAGAAGACAGUAUUUCUCCCCACCUCCCCUCACAUGGAGGGCAGGCUGGCUGCUGCUUCCAGUCACCCUUUUCCUCUUCCCCUUCUUGGUUCCUGAAAACUAUCAUAUCCUUUCCACCUGGCUUCUUCUAGAGGGGCCUGCGUCUGUCAACCUACUUACAACAUGGAGUCUUUGUAAGAAAUAGAUCUAGCUCUGGCUACUGCAGGUCCCCUCUCCAUACGUGAUUUGCUAACAAGCUCCUCGCUUUGUUUCAUGCAAUAGCUGCUCCAAUAGUAACUUCUUGCCUAAACCUUUUUUUCAAGAGCCGGCCCCUCCCAGAGUGCCACUUUCCUUGUUAUAGAGGAAGUGCUGUGAAUGGAGAUCUGACUGUUGCAGUAGCAUGAAAUGGGGACAAAGUCAAGCUGGGGCUAUCUGGAAGUUACUGUAUGCAGUGCACCCUCAGCAUUUUUAAAUUCUAUGUGAUGUAUGUAUUGAUUUAAGGUCCAGAACUUCCUUGCCCACAGACUCAUUUUAAAUUGGGUUCACUUCAGAGCGAUUCACUCAUGAGUUUGCUUCAGAUGGCAUCAUACCUCACUGAUCUCUGGCAUGGCAGUCUAGUGAAACGGGCCGUGAAAAGCCUCUGUUCACAUCCACCAUGUUAACUGAUGUGUAAACAUAAACUAGGCUCUCUGGAGCCACUCAGGCUAGUGGCAUCAAUGUUGCUAUAAAGGAGCAUUACAAGACAGGAAUGGCUUCAGAGUUCUUAAUUAAAGCAAUCGCCUUUAAGAUGUAAACGGGGGGUGGGGGGUGCAUUUUCAGCUUUCAAAACUCCAUCCUAGCUUGAGCACCCAAGUUAGUUAAAGUCAAGAUGAAACACUGUACCCUGGAAUACACAGUCUCCAGCCCCUGGAUCUGUUUUGUAAAGCCAAGCAUCUGUUACAUUCAUGAACUCUCAAUGUGACUGAAAGUGUCUGGCUGCACGAUGAAGCCCCCCUCUUAGAAGGACCCUGUCCUAUCUCACAGAACAGUUCUGUGGCCUAAAGAGGAUGGAUGGUGUCUAGCGAAGGAUGUCACCCUGUGAUGUGGUACCUCCUUUUGUACUGUAGUUCAAAGAGGUGCUCAGCUCUAAAUGUUUUUUUUAAAGAGGAAAAAAGUUAGGUAAACAAAUGGAGAGGCAGUUUAAACUGUAAAGUAUAAAAGAAUUGGAGAAAGUUGCUUUUUACAUAAUGGGACAUUUUUAGUUUGUUUUGAAAUAAUGAAAGUAAAAAAAGAAAAAGCAACGAGCGAUGGAAACCUCGCUUUGGUUCCCCUCAACUCUUCCACUCUUGUUCUUUGUGAUUUGAUUUGUUUGUCUUUUUCUGAUAGGUUGGAAAUUGUGUAAUAAACUUGAUGAUAUUGUCAAUCUUUUA